UAUUGACAUUUCCACAUUCACCUGUUAUGUGUUAUGUGUUUUACCACUACAUCAUAAUUGAACAAUUAUUACUUGCAAUUUGCUGCAUUACUUGCAGGUUAAAUAAAUAAACGUUAAGUGCAAGAUGGGAAAGACUAGCAAAUGUGUGGUGGUGGGAAUGAAAGGAAUCGGAAAGACGACGAUGCUGGAACAAUUAAUUUAUGGAAAUUUUGAAAAGCAGGACAUUCAUCCGACAAUUGAGGACAUUUACGCAGCCGUCAUCGACACUGACCGUGGAACUAAAGAAGGGAUACGAUUUUAUGACACUGAAGGAUUCUCACUGACAGCCGACGGUGGAGAUAGCAGCAUCGCUCUCCAAAAACAUUACCACGCCCUGGCGGACGCCUUCAUACUCGUCUACUCGGUGGACAGCCGACAAUCCUUUGAAAUUAUUGACAUUUUAAAGAAAGAUAUUGAAAAAAAUCGAGAGAAGAAAGAGGUUGCAAUGGUGCUAGUUGGGAUUGUUCCGAAGGCCAAUAUUAAAAGGGAAGUUGACCCUAGUUUUGCUGUGAGCUGGGCAACAAGGGAAAAGAUGCGUCAUUUCGAAGUGACAAUUAGUGAUCGUAAAAAUUUGGUCCUCCCGUUUAUUUAUUUAGCAUCUAAAUUGAAUCCUCCUCCCACGAAAAGCACCUUCGCUCCUUUGGGAAUGGUGUCGAGGAAUAAAGUUAAAGAAUAGAUUUAUCAUACCUUAUUAGACUUUAAAUAUUUUUGGUAUCAAUAAAAAUAUAUUUAACUCAGAAAUAAGUAAUUU